UGUUAUCUAUUCCCACGGAUAUAAAUACUUCAACUAAAAUAAUGUAUAUUGCAGAAGGUACGUAAGUUUAAUUCUGUGUAAAACAAUGGUAAAGAUAUUGUGUCUUUUGCUUCUGAUUGCGUUAUGUCGGACACAUUUCAGUUACGCUAUGGCACUGAAUGCCGAAGAUAUAUGCGCAGAGGAAACCAAGAUAAGCAUGGCUAAGGUUUGGGCCUCAUACAGAGAAGAAAGUAUUUCAGAAGAAGAUGAAGAAUAUGGAAAGUAUUUUCAUUGCGUUUGGUUAAUGAAGAAACUUAUGGACGUUAAUGGCAGCAUUGAUAAAACAGAAGUUCAAAAUUUUUUGGAAAAAGAGAUUUCCCAAGAUUUUACGUUAAAUGCUUCUUUAAAACAAACCCUAAAGGAGGCGGCCGAAAGGUGCUCAAAGCUUGAUAGCGCUUCCGUGCAAAGAAAAUCUGUGAAAUUGAAAAAUUGUAUUACGUCUACCAUAAGAUCGUCCGUUUUCCCGUUGUAAAUUACGUUUGACAGUAUGACGAAGAGGCAUGCAUUAAAAAAGACUAUUUUUUGUAUAAACUCCUACCUGACAA